AUGGCGGACCGCAAUGGGGGCCUCGAGGCGGAGAAGAUCGAAAAACCAAAGACGUCAAAGAUUCCCUACUGGCGCACCGUCAUCGACCAGGGCGUCGUGACCCAAGAAGUUAUCGACUACCCAUACAAAGGCUCAGGAACAGAAGAUGACCCAUACGCGGUCGAGUGGAUUCCAAACGACCCUCGCAACCCGAUGCAAUACGGUGAGAUCAAGAAAUGGAGUAUCACCAUGUGUGUCGCCUUUGCAACACUGGCCGUGGCACUGGUCUCUUCCGCAUAUACGGGUGGUAUCGACAAAAUCAUGGUUGAAUUACACAUCGGCCAGGAGGUUGCAACGCUGGGAGUGUCGCUGUUCGUCUUGGGAUUCGCAAUCGGUCCACUGAUGUGGGCACCGAUGAGUGAGCUCUUUGGGCGACAAGUCCUGUUCAUCGGGACCUAUGCUGGCCUGACUGCCUUCAAUGCGGGCUGCGCAGGUGCCCAGAACGCUCAGACUCUGAUCAUUCUCCGGUUCUUUGCUGGUGCCUUUGGGUCCUCCCCCUUGACCAAUGCCGGUGGUAGAGGCCCGGUGCUAGGUCCGAUCAUUGGUGGAUUCCUCGGAAUGAAUGCUGGCUGGCGAUGGGUGGAAGGCUUUUUGGCCGCCUUCUCUGGCACCCUGUGGAUCGUGGGAUCUCUGCUGCUCCCCGAAACCUAUGCGCCAGUGCUUCUCCGUCGUCGGGCUGAGAGACUCUCCAAGAUCACGGGGAAGGUGUACAGAAGCAAACUCGACAUCGAACGGGGCAAGGUCACGCUGGGAAGUGCCUUCAAGACAUCGCUUUCCCGUCCUUGGAUCCUACUCUUCCGGGAGCCCAUCGUGUUCCUGCUUUCGGUCUACAUGGCUAUUAUCUACGGCACUUUGUAUAUGCUGUUCGCCGCAUACCCUAUCGUCUACCAACGGGGUCGUGGCUGGAACCCUGGAGUAGGUAGCUUGCCCUUCCUGGGUAUCAUGGUCGGUAUGCUUGCGGCUGUCAUCUACACCAUCCCUGAUAACAAGCGCUACAUCCGGACCCAAGAACAGCACGGCGGAUUCGCACCUCCCGAAGCACGCCUGGUACCCUGCUUGCUGGCAUCUAUUGCAGUCCCCGUUGGACUCUUUUGGUUCGCCUGGACCAAUUACCCUUCCAUUCACUGGAUGGCGAGUAUUGCAGCCGUCUUCCUCAGCAUCAUGAAUUACCUGAUCGAUGCAUAUACAAUCUUCGCCGCGUCUGUCUUGGCAGCCAACUCAGUUCUGCGGUCUUGUUUCGGUGCCGCCUUCCCCUUGUUCACCACCUACAUGUACAACAACCUGGGAAUCCACUGGGCAUCUUCGAUCCCCGCGUUCCUGGCAGUGGCCUGUAUUCCCUUCCCCUUCCUCUUCUAUAAAUACGGCCCUGCCAUUCAGUUCUUGCGGAAGCUGCAGCAACAGGGCGAGCCGGAAGAAGAGGCCGAGGAAGAAAUCAAGGAGGCGGAGGCUUUCGAUCGCACCGAGGCCUCUCCUCCACACUCACCGGUUUCCAGCGACAGCGAGUCUGCUGUCGAGGAACUUCCUUCUGUGCGUCACGAGCGGAGCAUGGCCUCCAUGCGCAGCGGCUCUCUGCGCCGUUCACAGACUGGCAGUAGCGUUGGUCGUACGAGGAGUCUCUAUGAGGGCAACCCAUACGAUAUCGACCGUGUCAACACGCGGGAAUCCUUCAAGCAAAUGAAAAUCACCACGCGGGGCGUAUGCUCGGUCCGACGGCCCACCAUCUCUUCCAGAUAUCGCGUACAAAGGAAGACGCAACAGCGACGAUAUAAAGCCAGCAGCGCUCCCGAGAACGGGUCUGGGUCAUCAUCUUCGGAGGAAGCAGUGAAAAGCCAUGGCACUGCGAAAGCAGACGCAACAGCGUCCCCGGCGGGACCGGUAGCGUCAUCUGCGGGAGCGUCUCCUGCGCCGUUGGCGACGCAGCCUGCUCGUCGGUCGUUCGGUCAGAUGGUGCGAGCGAGUGCGCUGGGGAGGUUGGGCGAUGCGUAUAGUAGAGCGCAGCAGAGGAGGCCCUAUGUGACGCAGCUGUGCAGUUCGUUGGUGGUGUAUCUCAUUGGAGAUCUGAGUGCGCAGUUCAUGUUUCCGUCGGAUGAUAAGAAGGGUGGUGCGAAGGAGGAGACGAAGAGUGACGCUGGUGCAAGUGAAGAGGAGCAGAAGGCGGAGGGAGGAAGUGGAGGAGGGUAUGAUCCUUUGAGAACACUGAGGCAUUUGACUGUGGGUGCCAUCUCGAGUAUACCGAGUUAUAAAUGGUUCAUGUUCCUCCACCACAACUUCAACUACGCUUCCAAAUUCCUUUCUAUCACCACCAAAGUCGCCGUGCAGCAGGCCUGCUUUACCCCCGUCUUCAAUACCUACUUCUUCAGCAUGCAAUCUCUCCUGGCUGGUGCUUCCCUGGAUGAGACCUGGGAGCGACUGAAGAAGGCCGUGCCCACGAGUAUCAAGAACAGCGUCAAGUUAUGGCCGGCCGUCACGGCGUUCAGUUUCAUGUACAUUCCGCCGCACUUUCGCAGCGUAUUUGGAGGCACGAUUGCCGUGGGCUGGCAGACGUAUCUCAGCUGGCUGAACCAGAAGGCUGCACGAGAAGUUGAGGCUGCAGAGGCCGCCGAUAGGAUACAUGCACAGACUGGCGGCUUGACUUCUGCUGAGAUUUCUCCUUCUCAGGUAGCAAUGAAGACGUGA